CGAAAAAAAAAAACCCACGCUAAGAAGGAUUCUGAAACAAAGUCAACACACAACGAGAUGGAGAAGAACAGGCGUGCCCAUCUGCGGUUGUGUCUGGAGAAGCUGAAGGGGCUGGUACCGCUCGGACCCGAAGCCAGCAGGCACACCACCCUGAGUUUACUAACGAAAGCUAAAUUGCACAUCAAGAAGCUUGAAGACUACGACAGGAAAGCCGUACACCAAAUAGACCAGCUGCAGCGGGAGCAGCGGCACCUGAAGAGGCAGCUGGAGAAGCUGGGGAUAGAGAGGAUAAGGAUGGACAGUAUCGGAUCCACUGUUUCUUCGGAGCGCUCAGACUCGGAUCGAGAAGAGAUAGACGUGGACGUGGAGAGCACGGACGACCUUCCCGCGGACCUGGACUGGAGCAGCAGCAGCCCGAGCGACUCGGACGAAAGAGGGAGCCUGCAGAGCGUCUGUAGCGACGAGGGCUAUUCCAGCUCCGGCGUGAAGAGGUUCAAGUCGCAGAGCAAUCGCAAGCCUUCUCUCGGUCUAUAA